AUGCGUCUUGAGUACAGAUCUCUGAGUGACGAUGCUGGAUUCAACCUGGACAAGCUGUUUCAGCGCCAGAACUGCUUCAUCGAAGUCAAUCCGGGGAAAGUGAUCCUGCCGAAGAAGUAUGAUGAGAUUGGCGAGUCCAUUUUGGACCUUUCUGUGCGCGAAGAUGACAUCUUCCUCAUUUCCUACCCGAGAACAGGUUCAACUUGGGCGCAAGAAAUGGUGUGGCUUCUUGGCAAUAAUAUGGAUUUCGCUGGCGCCGCGAGGAUGCAGGCUCUGAGAGCUCCUCUGCUGGAAUUGUCGGCGAUCUUCUCGGAGGAUCACACGGAAUGGCUCAACAAGUCCAUUGGGAAUUCCGUGAACUGCGUGGACAACUUGCCGAGCCCGCGCUUCAUCAAGACGCACUUGCCGUGGCAAUUGCUGCCUCGCCAGCUGGAGGCCAAGAAGCCCAAGAUCAUUUACGUCGCGCGCAAUCCUAAGGACCUGUGCGUGUCCUACUACUACUACUGCACGCUCAUCCACGGCCUGAACGGCACCUUCGAGGAGUUCUGCGACUACUUCCUGUCCAGCAGGACGCCCAUCGGCUCCGUCUGGGAGCACGUGAUGGAGUUCUGGAAGCGACGCAACGAGCCCAACAUUCUCUUCCUCAAGUACGAGGACAUGAAGCUGGAUUUGCCGGGGACAAUUUGGAAGUGUGCCGAAUUCAUGGGAGUGGCUCACAAGAUGACCCAGGACAGUGUCGAGAAGAUGGCCUCGUACUUGAUGUUCGAGAAGAUGCAGAACAAUCCCGCAGUGAAUCUGGAGCCGAUCCUCAAUGCCGAUCAGCCGGCUGAUAAGAAUGACAACCGGAAAAUUAGAUUCAUCCGAAAGGGAAAAAUUGGAGAUUGGCAAAACUACAUGGAUUCUCGCUUAUCGGAGAAGUUCGAUAAGUGGAUUGAGAAACAUACCCAAGGAACAGGAUUGGAUUUUAUCUACGAAUGAUUGCAAUUCAACACUUUGAUGAGAUAUUUUUUCGCCUAAUAACAUAAGGACUGGGACGGUUUGUAGUGCAAAUAGAGUAUUUAGCGAUUUAAUGCUAUAUAUUAAGCUUAAAAUGUAUUUUUCAUAAAUUUUUUUCUGGAAUAAACGUGAAAGAAGAAAAACA